AUGGUGUUGGGAACAUUAUUCUCACUUAAUCAACAUCUCAUUAAUGUCAGUGCAGCGCGCAACGACUCCGUCGUUGGAGCCGUGCCCAGAAACACGUCCAAUGACAUCCAGUUCAUUCCGACAUUCGAGCUCAUUGUGGGCGCGAUAACAUACGUGGUAAGGCCAUUAAACUGUAAUGACAAUCUGUCACAAGCCCAUUCAUAGCUUAUGGGGUGCUUUAAGUUUCAAGUUUUGGUCUGUUUUACAAUCGGGAAACAUGACGAUGAUUAGCUGAGGAUAAGAACAAAAGGCCAUGAUAUUCAUAAUCCCAGAAGGCCCGACGAGAUAUUCAUACGAUGAAACUCUUGUUGCCUCGGGCGAGGGAAGUGAAAAGGCUAAGAGGUUUUAACAUAAUGAAAACCGCCGUUCCAAAUGCCUUUAGGCAACAAUAGAAUCUUGCACUAAUACCCGGUUUUCAGGUAAUUAUUCUAAUGACAGUAAUCGGCAAUACGAUGGUGGUGGUGGCAGUGUUCAAUUACCGGCCCUUGAAGAAGGUUCAGAACUACUUUCUCGUGUCGCUGGCGGCUUCUGACCUGGCCGUGGCGGUGAUCGUGAUGCCACUACACGUCGUCAAGUUCGUAGCGAGUAAGUCUUAAUUGCAAAACGACCGGAAUGGGUUUGUUUUGGCCGACUGAUUCUGGAGUGGUUCUCUCAGUCUAUUCAAGGGAGGACGGCUUGUUUUUCGUUUUCACAAUGAAAUCACAAAACCUUAAAUUUUAUGCCCGGAUUUGUAAAUAAUUAGGAGUAAUGUCCGUACAGUUGUGCCACUUUGGACCUUGUUGUUUAGUUUGUCUUGGGAAACGUUAUUUUGGGCCUCAAACUGAAUUGUCAUGUUUGAAAUUGUUUGAAACAAACACAAUUGUGGUCUUUUUGUAAGCUCGUUAUGGCCGUUUUGUGACCGCAAAUUGGGGCUUUGCGAACCAGGCCAGUUAUUUUUUGUUUAUAAAGUCGAGUCUCACAUAAUCUAUUAUUUGAUGACGAGAAUCAUACGCAUUGUGACCCGUCUGACCUUUUAAGAAACACUUAGUCCAUCUGAAGAUGAAGAAACAGUCCGAGUUUGCAUAAUUCUGUCGUACUCCGCACUUCCAGAGCACUUCCGGCCGUCUUCACGCCCAGCUAGCUUUUGACUUUAAAUUCAGCAUAAGACGGGCAUUAGUACUUAAAGAUGAGUAUUACAAACGAGUAAAGUUUAAAAUUUUUAAAGUUCUCAAAAAUUGUCCUAAAACUUUGUAGUUCGAAGUGAACUUUACUCAAGCAUGGCACGCGAGGUAAUUGUAAAAUAGUGUUUGAGAAACGUACUUAGCGUGUUCUUUAUGCAAAUCGCUGGAACGCACUAAUUGGGCCCGGAUUCUUGUGGUCAGACCAUUACACUAAUGUCAAAAUAUUAUUUGCGAAAAAUACAAUUAUUACCUGCGGGCAUUUCCGCGUUCUCGAAAACAAUUUAAGCCCAAAACAAAUUAAACUUGACAACUUUUUCCUGAAUUUCAUCAUUGCAGACGGUCGAUGGCUGCUCGGUGUCACAGUAUGCCAGUUGUUCACUACCGCUGACAUUCUUUUAUGCACCUCGUCCAUCUUGAAUCUGUGUGCCAUCGCAUUAGACCGGUAUUGGGCCAUCCACGACCCUAUCAACUAUGCUCAAAAACGAACCCCCAGAUUUGUUUGUUUUACCAUUUUACUCGUAAGUUUGUUGACUUAAAGUUCAUAUAAGCAUUUUAUAAAAUACGAUAUUAUAAUGGAAAAUUGUAAAAAAAGACAAGGAUUUUCUACAAUUUAGUGGGCUUGAUUCUACGCGUAUCCUACGCUUUUUUCGACCCAAAAACGUCCGUUUUGACCUUUGUAACUUUGAAGUUAAUGAUUCGCAUCAAAUUGAAAACUUUUACUUUUGUUUAGUUCUUAUUCCUAGUAAUGUUAAUAUCCUGCUAACUAAUUUUAUUUUAGGUGUGGAUAGUCAGCGGGAUCAUAUCAAUUCCCCCGAUGUUAGGCUGGAACGACUGGUCGAGUCAGGAACUCAAAGACCACUGUGAAUUGUCGAGUGAGAAGGCUUUUGUGGUCUUCUCGGCUAGCGGCUCCUUCUUCGUGCCUCUGGCCGUGAUGGUGGUGGUUUACCUGAAGAUAUUCGUCUCGGCACGCCAAAGGAUACGAACCAACCGAGGUAUUGACGUUAUCUACAAUUUGUUGUUCUGUGGGCGAAUAUUCUGUCUUUCCUUAAAUGGCACCUAAUGAGUCUCUUAACUUUUAUUUCAGGCCGCAGCGCAUUGAUGCGAAUUAGCCAACAACCACCUUCAGAAAAACGGAAUACUUACAAGCUGGCAAAUGGCUCAUCGGAUUCGCGGAAAUUAAUUCCCGAACAGGCACCGCUCGUCGACGCGUGUUCGGGCAUUACGGUAGGAAAUAGAAGCCCAAUUAAAAUAUUUUCCAGAUGGGCGACGUGAGCAGUGAAAACAAGGGCAGCGAGGAGAGUAAGGGAAACCACAACGAAACCCUCCACAACCUGCCCAUUCCCAAGAAGAUCAAGCUCCCCAUUCACAUGAAGCGGCACAGUGGCCCCAUAUCACCGACAGAGCCCGCCGAGGAACAGUUGACCACCACCGUGCUCAGGAAGCGGGAGAAGAUCAGCGUGGCGAAGGAGAAACGGGCCGCCAAAACGAUAGCUGUAAUUAUAUUUGUGUUCACGUUUUGCUGGCUGCCGUUCUUCUGUGCGUACGUUAUUCUACCGUUCUGUGAUACCUGUUACCUACAUCCAAAAGUAAGUUCAUAGAAGUUAAUGGUUAUGUAAAUGUGACAAAUAUUGAUUUUAAAGACUGGUUUUGGUUAAAAAGUUUAUAAAAUGCGUCAUCCGUUAUUUUUCCGAUCUUAUUAUUUAUUUUCUGUUUACUUUUUGACCAAAAAAUAAAAAUUUAUACGAAAUUUUGGUUUUUAAAAAGAAAAUUGAUAUUAUUGUAAAUUAAUAUUUAAAAAAUAUUUUAUUCUUAUAUUGUUCUUCUAAAACAGUGCAGGGAUUCUACAGUAACUUAAUUUUUUUAUUUUAAUUGACGAUAAUGGUUUAGUCGCUUUAAGAGCAUGUUGUAAUAUUACUAUGCUUUGCAGGUGCAUCAAGCAUUUGUUUGGCUAGGCUACAUCAACUCGUCGCUGAACCCGUUCCUCUAUGGGAUUCUGAAUCUGGAAUUCAGAAGGGCUUUCCGCAAGAUCCUGUGCCCUCACCAGUUCGUCGGCAGUCGGCGCAGAUCAACUUUGAUUAGGCAUUAA